CAAGUGGCUGGAGGCUCCACCGUAGGACAGGGCCAUGGAGAAGCUACGGCGCAUCCUGAGCGGCCAGGACAAUGAGGAGCAAGGCCUGACGGCACAGGUCCUGGAUGCCUCAUCCCUGAGUUUCAACACCAGGUUGAAGUGGUUUGUCAUAUGCUUUGUCGCUGGCAUUUUCUUUUCAAUCCUUGGAACUGGGUUGCUAUGGCUUCCCAAUGGCGUGAAGCUCUUUGCAGUAUUUUAUACCCUUGGAAACCUUGCUGCAUUGGCCAGUACGUGCUUUUUAAUGGGACCUGUGAAGCAACCGAAGAAAAUGUUUGAAACAACAAGAUUGCUUGCAAUAAUUAUUAUGCUGUUGUGCCUGGUGUUUACCCUGUGUGCUGCUCUCUGGUGGCGGAAGAAGGGGCUGGCCUUACUCUUCUGCAUAUUGCAGUUCUUGUCAAUGACCUGGUAUAGUCUGUCCUACAUCCCGUAUGCAAGGGACGCGGUGCUCAAGUGCUGCUCCUCCAUCUUGAGUUGAAAGUCGUCUCUGCCCAGGAGGAGUGACUGGGAACAGUACUGAUGCUGUGCCUGCUCCAGCGAUCACUCCAGAGACGGCAGUAGUCUCAGCCAUGCCAUGGACCGCCUGCUGAACCUCACCGUGCGGCCCUCCGUUCCCUG